AUGCUGGUUCGGAGCGAUGCCGGUGUGCCACGGUGCCGGCGGGCUGGCGGCCAGUACCGGUUCGGUGGCCGGAGCGGGGCGUCGGUGGUGUUUCUCGGAUUGGGGAAGCUGGUGCUUGCGCUGGUGUUCGGGAACUCCUUUGUCAGGAUUCUGGGUCAGUUUCCAAUUGGGAUUCUGGGAGUGCUGCUGUUGUUCGCCGGAAUAGAGCUAGCCAUGGCGUCUAAAGAUAUGAAUACGAAGGAGGAGUCCUUUGUAAUGCUGGUGUGUGCUGCUGUGUCCUUGACUGGUUCUAGCGCUGCUUUGGGCUUUGGGUGUGGCAUUGUGCUCUUUCUGCUUCUCAAGUUGAGGGAAAUGGAAUGGCGUCGAGGUGGGAUUCUCAAAUUGAAGGACAUAUCAGAGGAUACUAACCAAUCUCAACGACUUGAAGUUUAG